GCCAACACACUGCGCCGCCAUCUUGUCAAGGUACCUUAACGCACUCAUUGAUACGAUUCAAUAACUUUAUAUUUUCCGGUACUUAAGUAUUUUAUAUUUGUUGAUUUAUUAACUAGAAAAAUAGGUUAUAUUGUUUCAUAUUUAUAAAUCAAUUAUUCAUUUUUUAAAAUAUUAUUUUAGGAAAAUUCUCAAAGGCAAACUACGACGAGUGGUAACGAGGACCACCCAAAUUACUUCCUUGCUUGAAGUUUUGAUUGUGGCUUGUCCGAUUAUCGUGUCUAGACUUGUUCAGUCGACACUUUUCAAUGUGUAUGUAUAUCAGUAAUAUUUUGUUUGAUUUAAGAAAGUUAAGACGUAGCUUAACCAUGAUUGUAAUUUUACCUAUGAUUCUAGGCACUUUGGUAAAGAAAGGGAGACCUUCCAAAAUUUGAUAUUAGCUAGGCUCAGUAGACUAUUUGAGUAGAAUCCUAGUUUUUAAUUUAUGUAUGGACAUGCUGCGUUCUCAUUGAUGAAAGGAUAUUUUGUCAUAAAACUGUCGUAUUCAUUCAUACGUUAACAGUAGUAGUCGUAGUGAACAUCUAGCCUAGAUACUUUGGUCAAAAAUGUAAACAUUUUUUAAAAAUAAACCAAUGGCACAGUUGAAUAGAGCUAAUUUUAAACAGAAUUAUAACACCAAAAUCAUAUUUUUAACUGUUGUAGUUUUAAAGUUAUGAAUUUUUAAAGUACGACUUGGUUUGUCAUUUUUUAACAUGGACUGCAUCUCCACAUUCUGUGACCUCAUUCCACUGAUCGCGUCAUGCGCAAUGACUAUAUAGUUUAUAUAAGGCAACGCAUUCCCUAUCACUAAAAUACUGUUUAGGGUCGACUUAUUUUAAACUUUCAACUUUGGCACAUGAAUAAUUAAUAAAAGCUUUCCCUGACCAAUGGUUUAAUAGCUUUUGCACACGGCAAACUCUUAUGAAUGAAACUCUGAGAUAGUACUACGACGUAGCCGUUAUGCAAGUGGCUGUGAAUGGUUGCCAAUGACAACGUGUUGCACAGGGAAAAUUCUGAUCAUUUAUAAUAUGGACUCUGCAGGGUUUUUAAAGCUCAAAUUAAAACAUUUCCAGUUUAAAUGUCUUCAAAAUGCAUUCUGAAACACAAAAUAUAAAAUAUUUUGAUGUAUAUAGUGGUAAUAAUUAAAUAUUUCCUAAGUAUCGGCAACUUCCGCCAUUAAAAAGGGGGCGUGGCCCACGCCAUGUCGAAAUUAGGCUGAGCCACCUUAUGGUGAUAUGGGUCACUGUGACAAGUGUAACAAACGUGAGACACGACCUACAUCAAUGAAACUUGGCACAGAUAUAGAUCAAUAUCUAAUGCUCAUACAGAUUUAAUCAAAAAGGACCUUAUCUUAUUAUUUCACAAAAAAUUUUGUAUGCGAAGAUGCCUUAUAUAUACCAAAGAUUUUCAAAAUAAAGGUCGAUUGAAAAAAGCAAAAUAGCUGGCUAGAAAUGUAGGCCAAGAUGUCUUCCAAAUUAUAAGGCCGGAAACGGGACUCAAAUAUAUGUGGAAAUAACUAAUUUAAUAAUAAAUAGACACACACAUCGGAAAAUUAAAAACUCGGAUUUUUCGGCGCCGACAGCCAUUUCCGAUACAAAAAAAAUAGUAGUCUCCCUUGUUUCAUCGAAGUAUCUAAUCUAGGCCUAAAUUUCCAGCGUAAUCUUUUUCUUUUCAAAUCACCCCAAAAUUCAAUAUUUUUAGUAUUAGAAAUUCCAAGGUAAAUUUUAAAGGGCAUCUUUCCCUACAAUGUAGGUGCUUUGGUUGGUAAAAAUGUUGUAAAAAAUAAACCAAUGGCAUAGUUGAAUAGAGCUAUUUUUUUUAACAGCAUUAUAACACCGAAAUCCUAUUUGUAGCUGUUGUAGUUUUAAACCGUAUGAAUUUUUCAAGUACGACUGCAUUUGUCACUUUUUUAACAUGGACCGCAUCUCCACAUUCUGUGACCCAAUUCCGCUGUUCGUGUCAUGAGCUAUAUAACUCGUUUUAAUGAUAAUUUUAUAUAUAACUGUUAUUUUCAGAACUAAUGGUGUAUUAAAAAAUAAUUUUAAUAAUGUUAUACAAUUAUUCAAUUAUAAAGUGCAGCUUAUCUAACAGUGCACAAAUUAUAUCAGUAAAAUGUAUUAAUAUAUGGCUUUUCUGUUUACCAAAUCUAUUGCAUUAUGUCUUCCAUUAUACCGGUUUAUGCUAUAUGAAUAUGAUCUAUAAAAGCAAUUCAUCCCCUUAUUACUUAUAACUUGCAUACUUUUUGGGAACUACUUAUUUUGAAAUUUUAACUUCGGCACAUGACUAAUUAAUUAAGGCUGUGGCUAUUGGUAGUAAACUACCAGUAGCUUCUAAGCGGCUAUUGGUUGUUUACUAUAAAAAAAACCACCAAUUGGUGAUAGAUUGAUAUAGUGCAAUAAUUAUUGGUAGUCACAAUUUAUUUUUGAUUACAACACUGAAAUCAACCUAAAGUAUGUAUGUUGCCAAAAAAAACAUGUGCCAACAUUUUGUAUUGUUUUCGUCUAGUCUCAUAAAUUCACUCCAAUCGGGUUUUCUAAACAUAAUACACUCGUUUUUAUUUCUUUGUGUAUAGUUUAUUUUAUUUAUGUUUUCAUCAAAAUUAUGUGCAGUUUAAAACAUUGAUUCUGCAUACUCUACAUAGCAUUAAAAGUAAACGGUGAUUCCUAAACAUUAAUUGAUUAAUUUGUGUUUUAGUUGCAUAGUAUACCGAAUGAAAUUGUUUAUUUGUACAUAAAUAUAUCGAUGCCUUUAUAACUUAAUGAGGGCUCAUUUAUGUAAAUAACACUCAGUAGACAUUUCUCCCAACAACAGAAAAUCAAAAGCAGAGGGGGAGGUGUGAGGGAGGUUUUGGUUCAAGUGACCAUGUUCCUAAAAAUGAUUGACUUAAGCUUACUUUAUCAUCCUUAAGGCUUAAGGAUGAUAAAAUAAGCUUAGGCCAAUCAUUGUUAAGUUAAGCCUAAUCACGUUAUUAUACAUUUUCAUUUAACUAAUGUAAAAAAGAUUUUGAUUUUAAUAUGCACACUUUGUAUGCAGUAAAACUUAUGGUAUUUAUUUAGGCCAGUAUUUUAAUUUAUAAUUUUAAUCAUAAUAAUUAUCACACAUACAAUUUUUACAGCUGGAUUUUAUUUUUACUGCACAUCUUACUUUGGCCUUGGCAAAGAAGAAGCUGGGUUAAAAAAAUUCCGACUAUGAUUCCCCUCAGUAUCAUACAUCUAUCUAAGAUCUAUAAUAGGUCUAUAUUAUAAAUUAUAUAGCAAUAUAGCCAAAUCUGAGCAUGGGGAAGGCUGCAGCAGAUAGUGUUAAAACUUUAAAACAGUACUGUAGAUUUAUAGUUAGUGCUGAGGUGUUGUCACUAGUACAAACUAGUAAUAAUUGAACGGCGCAAAACUUCGCCAGCCUUAUUGGAAGCGGGUAAUUAAAGCUCAGAUUUUUGUUUGAUUUGAUUGGCUGGACUACCAAUAGCUCUCAAGAAGCUAUUGGUAGUUUACUACAAAUAGCUCCCUGCCCUAACUAGAAUAGGUAGUAAACUACCAAUAGACUCUUUCUUAAUUAAAGAUUUCCCUGACCUGGUUUAAUAAUUUUUGCACACUGCAAACUUUUAUGAAUGAAAAUUCUGAGAUAGUACAGUAUAGCCGUUAUGCAGGCAACUGAAUGGCUUGCCAUGGCCAUGACAUUUUGCUCACUGCAAAUUAUGAUCAUUUAUAAUAUGGACUCUACCGAGUUUUUUAACUUCAAAUUAAAAUAUUAUUCUUUCAAUAACAUUUAAGUUCAUUCUAAAACAUCAGUUAUCUAAUAUUUUGAUGUACAUACUGUACAUGUGGUAAUAAUGAAAUAUUUUCUAAGUAUCGGUAUCUUCCGCCCAUGCCAUGUCGAAAUUAGGCUGAGCGACAUUAAGCGUAAACGAACUUUGGACACGACCUACAUCAAUGAGAAUUGGCACAUGUACACAUCAAUAUACAAUGCUUUUCACUUUUUAAUAUGAAAGACCUUUUCUUUGAAUUUCACAAAACAAUUUGUAUGCGAAGAUGCCUUAUAUAUACCAAAAAUGUUCAAAAUAAAGGUAGAUUGAAAAAGCAAAAUAGCUGGAUGGAAAAGUAGGCCAACAUGUCUUCCAAAAUGAAAAUGUGGAGCGGAACUCUAUUACAUGUCAAAAGGACUCAUUUAUUAAUGAAUUGACACUCGCAUUAAAAAAUUAAAAAGUCAGAUUUUACUGCGCCGACGCCCAUUUACGAUACAAAUUUUUAAAUGGUCUCUUGCUUUACCGAAGUGCCUACUACAAUGCCUACAAAAUUUUUGAAGAAGUUCAAAACAUUUGUCUGUGUCUUUCAUAUUUAAUCUUCCUGUGCAUGAUAAAUUGACGUGUGUGCCAAUUCUCAUUGAUCUAGGACAUGUUAGCCAUUAAUUUAAUUAUACUCAUCCAAGUAACCUGCAUUAUCAUUAGGUCACUCAGCCCAAUUUUGACCAUGCCUCCUUUUUACUUACGUAAGAUGUCAAUACUAAUGAAAUAUUGGUUACAGAAAUAUUCAAUUAUUACCAUUGUUACAUCAAAAUAUUUGAUAGUUUUUGAAUUUAGAAAGGAGUUAAACAAAUAUAUUUUAAUUUGAGAUUUAAAAACCCAGACCAUGCAUAGCAUUAUAAAUUUUCAUAAUUUGCUGUGUGCAAAACGUCAUGGGCAACCGUUCACUCACUAUGUACUAUACAACAUUAUUAUAACUCAUAGUUUCAUUCAUAAGAGACAGCUAUGUCAUGUGCAAAAACUAUUAAACCAUUGGUCAAGGAAAGCUUUAGUUAAUUAGCCAUGUGCCAAGUUGAAAGUUCAAAAUAAGUACCGUAGUUUCUAAACAGUAUUUUAGUAAUAAGGGGAUGUGUUGCCUUAUAUAAACUAAAUAGUCAUUACGCAUGACACAAUCAGCGGAAUGAGGUCACAAAAUGUUGAGGCUUCAUCCAUAGUAGAAAAUACCAGACAAACUCGCACUUUAUAAAAAUUCGUAGCUCAAAAAGUAUUAAUUAAAUCUAUAAAGUUGAUUCUGGUUUCAUUUUUUAAUUUGAAAUUUGACCUAAAUAACUGUAAUAUUUAAAAAUAUUAUUUUGAAUUUUUUUUUUUACUGAAGGACCUAGUCAUGUUCAAAAGUAGAAAGUUCAAAAUUAGUAGUCCCAAACCAGUAUUAUUUUUAGGGGGAUGUUUUGCCUUACAUAGUCUAUAUAUAUAUAAAAUAUAUAUAAUGGAUGCCUUUGAAGUUUGUUCUUCACCUAGGGUUGUCAUCCAUCCCGAUAUAUCAGGACCGUUAUGGACCUUCUUGUAAUCAUAUUAAAUACAUUUUUUACUUAUUUUCUACACCCCCAUCUCAGAGUCUCCGGCGUAGUCCCAGCUAGAUUUGGCAACCCUAUCUUCACCGCUAUUUAAAUUAAUUUUUUUUACUUAUACCUACAUUAUUAUAUCAAUCAUCCACAUAAGAUAAUAAAUUACUGAUUGGUAUUAUUAAUAACCUAACCUAUUUUCAGCCACAAUGUCACGUUACAGCAGAGCACCAAAUGACUGCAAAGUUUAUAUUGGAGACCUGCCUAAAGAUGCUUCAGAGAAAGAGCUGGAGCGAGCGUUUAGUUAUUUCGGUCGCUUAAGAAAUGUUUGGGUGGCUAGAAACCCUCCAGGCUUUGCAUUUGUUGAAUUUGAAGAUUACAGAGAUGCUGAAGAUUCAGUGAAAGAAAUGGAUGGAACGUAAGACUGAUGAUAUCAAUAUAGUUUUUAGAAAUCAAUAACUUUUUUAAAAUUUCAAAAGCUUAACCCAUCAUACCAUAUAAUCUCGCCUCCCCGCGCAAUGUUAGAAUGUUGCUAAAUUGUAUAUAUACAAGGGAGCUUUUUGUAAAAUAUUUCAUUCAAUGUACUGAUUGAGUGAGGAUAAUGGGCUAAACACAACACACACACCCCAAUUUUGCUUAUACUGAUGCCCAAGAGAAGUUGAGUAUCUGUACUCCUGGUUUACAGAAAUUCGAAUCUAAAAAUGUACACUAAAAAUGCAUUUUAAGAUAAAUUUUUACUGUUACUAUUUUCUCAUUGCACUUUUUAGAAGUAACUUACAUACAGAAGAAAAAUUAAAUGAUUUAUUUUGGACUUAUUUGAAUAAAUUCAUAUUUCUCCACAGAAACAUUUGUGGUAGCAGAUGCCGGGUUGAGCUAUCCACUGGAAAAGUUCGUCCUAAACCAUGGCUUAGAGGAGGUCGUGGUCCAACAAGGAGUAGGCGUGCUUUUAAUCCGGAUGAUCGCUGCUAUGAAUGUGGGGAAAGAGGACAUUAUGCAUAUGACUGUUCUAGAAACCGCAGAGGUGGAGGUGGUUCGUCACGACGCAAGUCAAGGUUGGUUAUAUUACGUGCCUUUACAUAUUGUAUAUUCUAAUAAGCAGUAUAUUUGCAAUUUUUCAGCAGUGCCCUACUUACAUGGGUAGAGAUUUUCUUUCAUUGCUAAAAUUAAAUAUUAAAAAAUAAAAAAAAACAUUUAGCCAUGUGAAAAAUGGAUGCAAAUGAAAGUUGAAGUCAACCAUGAGGAAUUAAAUGUUACCAAAUGUUUAUAUUCUUUGAAUUUUACACAUGAAAUUUUUAUGUUUAUUUCAUAAUGUACUUCAUAUCUUUGGAUGUUCUAAUUUUUCACCUUAUAGACUGUAUCAUUCACUGAAUCUCACGGGUUAAAAUUUUACGCGUAGCAGAUCCUCAUUUUCCAUAUUCGGGUUUGAUUAAAAACCAGCAGGCUCAUUUAAGUCGUUUAUUUUUCCUUUGUCACUUAUUUUGUGUACCUGCUUUGCAGAAUAAAGCUAAGAUCAGCAUUUCAUCCCAGUUAGAGCAACCGUCACUAAGAAUUAACCCAGUCAUCAGUCUUCAUCUACUACUACUUCAACAAUCACCAACAACCAUGUUAAGAUUCGCAACCAAUAUGCAUUUGGCAUCACGGCCAUGGGUUUGAUUGAAUUUGUCAGCUCACUCACCCCUGCAGGCAGCGUUUGUCAGCCUUCAUUGCGGCGGUGAACAUCUAAGAUCAGGCACUUCCCUCGCAUGAUCUUAGAAUUGAAUCAUCCCCCGUCACGCUAAGAUCGAUUGAUCAACCUCCUUCUGCUAAGAUAAUAUUCUGCCCUUGUGAAUGAUUCAUCACAAUGAUAUUGGGUCAACUCAACAUCUUUGAGUAGGCGAAAAUUGAGCACGGUAAAAAAAAGGUUGGAAUAUCGAAGCCUCAUUAGAAUGAGUUUCGUCAAAAACUGUUUUCAAUCUUUUUUUAUUUCCUAAAAAUAUAAAUGAAACAAAAAGAGAAUGGGGUAUAUCAUACUUGUGCUCUGGUUGAAGGUUUCAUUAGAUAUGGUUGUGGUGCUUUUCGGUGUUUUAUAUAUUUUAAAAAAAAAUGAUUUUUAAGUUUAAAUAAUAGGUGGGGGUGGAUUUAAAAUGUAGUUUAAAAAAAAUAAAAUAGAUAGAGUAAUGCAUGUAUGUAUUAAACAAUCCCUCUCUGGCUUAGUUUAUAUAUGAAUCACAAAAAGGAUUUGUGUCAAGACUCUUUUUGCAGUCUGUGCCCAUUUGAAAAUGUGUAUAAUGAAUACUUUUCUUUUCAGAUCCUUGAGUGUUCCUAUUAGCAACAUCUUAAUUUUAUUUUUAGACUAAUUUUAUAUAGAUGCUAAUACUAAGAGUUUAAUUUGAUAUAAAAACAGUUCUUUCUCAAUUUUACAUAUUUUCAUGCACAAUAUAAAAUAAAUGUUAUGUUUAAGUUCUACUAUUAGUAUUUAAAUAAAAUGAAGAUGUGCAGACUGUUACGUAAAAAAAAAAAGCAAAUAAUAGAUAAAAUGUGAUUUCAUUUAGGAUGCUAAGUUUAAAGUCCCUCAACCACUCUGGCUGUUUUUGUUUGAUUGUUACUAUUUAUAUGCUAAUAAGUCAUUGUAUAUUUACAGAUCUGCAUCAAGGAGCUACUCUCGCAGUAGAAGUCGUGGCCGUAGGGAUAGUCGAUCCAAGAGCAGGUAUGAUUAA